CUCAAUCGCUACCUCGAAGAUCACCAGGAAGAGGCCAGGGAAGCGCUGGUCAUCCAAUGGUUCCUCGACCAACUGCCGACCCUUGGAAACGACUAUGAGACCAUUCGAAAGACCUACAGCUCGCCCUACGACUACAAGCCGCUGGAUACGUACUGCUUGGAUAAGAUGAUGAAAAACUCGAAGGACUUUUCCCGCGCCUACAAGUGUCCGCUGAACUCGCCGAUGAACCCGGAGAAGAAGUGCUGCGUGUGGCGCCACAAGAAAGAUCUGAUUCCGGAAUCCGGCCAAUACUCAAAACGUCGCCUUCAUUCCACGAUAUUUGUGCACGCC